GCGUCAGCCUUUGCUGUUUCCCUGCUGAUGUAAGUGCCAAAAAUUGCAUCUCCUGGAUAGGCAAGUCCUCAAGAAGUCACCCCGGCCACCAGCCCCACUGUGACCUGCUGCUCAGCUCUGCCUUGCUGUUCAUGGCAAUGCCCCAGAAUUCGACUGGAGAAAAUGGCUUUUGUUUUGCUCAGACACUUGACUUCUCCCGCCCAUCUCCUCCUCCCAGCCAGACCUUUGAUUCCCCAAGCAGGCAGGAGGUGUGUGGCACCCCGCUGAGGAAUGGCACCAUGUCCUCCAGUGUGCCCAGCCCCUCCAGCUCCAGUGCUGAACCCCUCUGCUCCACCAGCCCUGCAGAGGAGGACACCCAGUUCAGCCAAGGGAUUAAAUACGUAUCGGCCGAAGGGGAGGACCUGGCGUGUGGCUGGGGGGGGUUCACCCCUGGGUGCUUACAACUCUUUAACACUUCUAAGGGCAUCUUGUUCUUCCUCUGCGUGGCCUCCUUCCUGCAAGGCAUGACGGUGAACGGCUUCAUCAACACGGUCAUCACCUCCAUCGAGCGACGCUUCGACCUCCGCAGCUACCAGAGCGGGCUGAUCGCCAGCUCCUACGACAUCGCUGCCUGCAUCUGCUUGACCUUCGUCAGCUAUUUUGGGGGCAAUGGCCACAAACCACGAUGGCUGGGUUGGGGUGUACUGGUCAUGGGCUUGGGCUCCUUGCUCUUUGCCUUGCCCCACUUCACCACAGGACAGUACGAAGCUCGUUCAUCAGUGGAGGUUGGGGUCUGCGGGGGGAACCAGAGCCUGCCCUGUGCCCAGGCUGUCUCCAGCCUCUCUGGCUACAGGUUCGUCUUCAUGCUGGGGCAGUUCCUGCAUGGGAUGGGAGCCACACCGCUCUACACGCUCGGUGUCACCUAUUUAGAUGAAAAUGUCAAGACUAACUACUCCCCUGUGUACAUUGCUGUUUUCUACACUGCUGCAAUCCUUGGGCCUGCAGCGGGUUAUCUGGUAGGAGGAAUGUUUCUAAAUAUUUAUACUGAAAUUGGCAGAGAGAUCGACAUCGCCCCGGAGAACACGCUGUGGGUGGGGGCCUGGUGGAUCGGCUUCCUCGGGGCUGGAGCAGCCUCUCUCCUCAUCUCCAUCCCCAUCCUGGGGUAUCCCCAGCGCCUCCCAGGAUCCCAGCGGUACAUCGUUAUGAGGGUGUCAGAGGCUCAUCAGAUAAAAGAUGGGAGCCACAAAAAAGCAUCAGAUCCGGACUUUGGGAAAACAGUUAAAGAUCUGCCUCGAUCAGUAUUGCUGCUUCUGAAGAACCCCACUUUCAUCUUCCUCUGCUUAGCGGGAGCAACUGAAGCCACCCUCAUUGCUGGGAUGUCCACAUUUGGACCCAAGUUCCUGGAGUCUCAGUUUAGUUUAAGUGCCUCUGAGGCUGCUACCUUUUUUGGUUAUUUGGUCGUGCCAGCUGGAGGGGGAGGCACAUUCCUGGGAGGAUUCCUUGUGAAUAAAUUUAAACUCCGCUGUUCAGGAAUCAUCAAGUUGUGUUUACUUUGCACAGUGUCCAGCCUGCUGGCAAUAUUCAUUUUUUUUAUUCACUGCCCUAACGUGCCGAUGGCAGGAGUGACCCAGAUGUAUGAGGGAAGUGCUUUGCCUGGUGGCCACCUAAACCUGACAGCAGCCUGCAACGCUGAGUGUGGCUGUCUCCAGGAGACCUACAGCCCUGUCUGUGGGAGCGAUGCCAUUAUGUAUUACUCUCCCUGCCAUGCUGGGUGCAAAAAAGUGUCUGAAAACCUCAUGAAUGGCAAGAAGGUCUAUCACGAGUGUAGCUGUGUUGAGAAAACCCUCCGGCUCGGCUCCAGCAACGCAGAGGCAGGGAAAUGCACCUCCUCAUGUGAGAAAAGGCCCCUGCUCUUGUUCUUCAUGUUUAUGGUGAUUCUCUUCACCUUCCUGAGCAGUAUUCCUGCCCUGACCGCCACUCUGCGGUGUGUCUCCGACAGGCAAAGGUCAUUUGCACUUGGGAUCCAGUGGAUCGUGGUACGAACUCUAGGAGGCAUCCCUGGCCCCAUCGCCUUCGGGUCCAUGAUUGAUAAAUCCUGCCUGCUCUGGCAGGACCAGUGUGGUGAGCAAGGUUCGUGCUACGUUUACCAGAACUCAGCCAUGAGCCGCUACACCCUCAUCGCUGGACUGGCCUACAAGGUGCUUGGGACAACCUUCUUUGUAGUUGCCUGUUUACUCUACAAACCCCCACCAGCGGAGUCGGCUCCAGGCAGCUCAGAUGUGUCUGAAAAUGGCAACUGUGGCCUCCAGGAACACAAACCUUCACUGCCUGCUGAAGAGGAUGUAUAGCUCUGUGCACCUGGAAGUGACUUUCUCAGUCUUUAAGAUUUGAUGAGAAGAUGUUGUGCAGUCCCGAGGGGGGUUUAAAUUAAUGGUAAUACUAAUCACUUUUUUUUAAUUCAAGAGAAAUAAUUUAAUUAAUCACUGGUGUGCUUGCUGUUUUCUUAACAGCAGAAACACAUUUAAAAAUGUGUGUUGAUGCCAUAAGCAGUUAUUUUAUUUAAUUUAAAGAAAGGGCUACUCUAGCUUUAUUCUAUGUCUGUGACAAGCAAGGACCACAUUCUCCACUUGUGGAAAUAUGCACCAGUAACUCCAAUGGAGCAUGGGGAGUUUAAAUCACCAGAAGAUCUGGUCCCUAAUAUCUUAAUUGUAAAGCCAACUGUAGCAAAACUUCUGUUGAGACUUCCCAAGCCUGGAAAGAGCCCUGCUAUCCUGCAGCCUGUGUUGCAAAGGGGACAACUGGCUCUUAAAUUACUGUAUGCAAAGUGGAUGGCCCCAACAGUGUCCUCCUUCUUCCUGUGACACGCAGCAUUGCUCCUUUUGUUCAGGAGCAAGUUAUCUAAUUAUGCAAAUCCAUGUUACUGUGCAAUGGGAGGCAGGUUUGAGAUGAGAUUUGUCUAGCAAAUUCAUCAGUACACUACAGGCAGCCAGCCAGCCCCCGGAGCUGCCCAGCACUGUACCUUCACUGCCUCAGUUCCUUGCAGAGUUUACACCGUGGUGACACUUCAUCUAUUUUUUUCUUGUGUUGUUUAAUGAUGCCUUUUGUAACCUACUGUGCAAAACUUGAACUUACUUCUUGCUGUUUGUUGGGUGUGGGAAGACAUGAGGUACAGAUCUAUGCAAUGCUUCUCUUUGGUCACUCUGUAAAGACGAAGCUUGGGUUGAUGAGAAAUAUCAGGCUGAAUUUAAUUUGUCUCUAGACCACUGGCUUAGGGGAUUGCUUUCCCUAAAGACUUGUGGAAAGGGGGUGCUGUCUGGUUACCGGCCUGCUUGCACGUAGCGAGGGCAGCAUCCCCAAAAUGACCUUUGAAUGUGCACUUGCAUUGUUGACCAGGACCUUUCUGAGGGGGAAAAGUGGAAUUUGGGCAGGUGUAUGUCUGGCUUCCCUCUCAACCCAGACCAGGUAAGGUUAGUUUGCCUGUAUUUGCACAGCCACACUAGCCAGGUAGGGCUCGGGGGAGGUUGUGACUGGCCCCUGGAGCCCUACACUGGGUAAACUGUGUUCUUGGGGACGGGACCUACAUUAUUGAGCUGCAAAACUGGCACUUCUUGUGUGCCAGAUGCUAAUUAGAAUUACUUUGUAGAUAUUUUGUAUAUUUUGUGUAUCUGUGCUUUCAUAAGCAGACACAGGAUGGGCAUUUUUUUCCUUUGUUAGCAAAGAACUGAUUCUCAGAGCAGGGGUAAAAUCAUUACUGUUGCAGACAGGGAUGGUGGUGCUGGGAAUGUGGUCAGUCUUAAGUCUGUAGAGGUCAAGAAAGGAGCUUCUUCAAUUCACAGAUCUCCUUCCACCGAAGCCUGGUAGUGAUAUUUCCACUUCCAAAGCUCUUGUUUCCCAGCCUCUCUCAAGUGCUGGGAGAGACUUGAGCAUCUCCAGUGACUGCUGGAAAAACUAGAAAUGUUCAGGGUGAGAUAGAAGGUGACUUUUUUGGUGCUUGAACAUUGGCAGCUGGUGCAGCUUUGAUGGGGCACAGCCUGCAGAAGACUCCUCUUUUUCCAGGGAGGCAGGAUUAGACCCACUGAUGCUGAAGUGAACCCCAACACCAAGGCUUCUUCACAACCUCCACCUGGGUUUGCAGCCACCUGCAAACACCAGUCUUUCUCCAGGCCUUUCCCAGCAACUGCCUCCCCCAGCUUCCAGAUACUUUGGGUACGAGCAGGGAUCUUCAAAGGGGAAAAUGCAUGAAUGUAUUUUGGGAACAUAUUUUAUGUAUGGUGUAUUUAUGAAAGGUAGAUUUUUUCUUAAUAUAUAUGGAUAUUGCAAGGCAAUUCUAGUGUUUAUAAAAUUAGCUUUAUCUGAGUGUGUUGUUUCCAGAGCAAAAGAAAAGCUCAUGGGAUUGUGGGUGUUUAUUAUGUUGCUGUGGGACUGGUAAGUCAUGGAUUUCAAUAAGCAGGAACAAGGCUUUCCUGUGCCAUAAGCAGGUUAUGUAGGUGUACAGGUAACUUAAAAUAUUUGAAAGUAUGUU